AAAUGGCUUCUCAUAAACCCCUCGCUUGCAGUGUCUUGGCCUUCUUCUUUGCUGCAAGCUUGGUUUCAGCUCAGCUUACUGCAAAUUUCUAUGACAAGUCAUGCCCAAAUGCACUGUACACCAUCCAAACAGCCGUAAAGUCUGCUGUGGCAAAGGAGAACCGCAUGGGUGCAUCGUUGCUCCGCCUCCACUUCCAUGACUGCUUUGUCAAUGGUUGUGAUGGCUCAGUGCUGCUUGAUGACACCCCAACCUUCACAGGGGAGAAGACUGCUGUUCCGAACAACAACUCCAUACGUGGAUUUGAUGUGAUUGACAGCAUCAAAGCACAGAUUGAGGGUAUCUGUCCGCAGGUGGUAUCAUGCGCUGACAUCCUCGCUGUUGCAGCUCGUGAUUCCGUUGUUACGCUUGGAGGGCCAACUUGGGUUGUCAAUCUGGGAAGGAGGGACUCAACGACAGCAAGCCUAGAUGCUGCAAACAAUGAUAUUCCAAAGCCAACCUUUGACCUCAGUGAUCUUACCAAGUCCUUCUCAAACAAAGGACUGACUGCAACUGACAUGAUUGCACUCUCAGGAGGCCACACCAUUGGGCAAGCCAGAUGUGUCAACUUCCGCAACCGCAUUUACAGCGAAGCUAACAUUGACACAUCCCUUGCAACAUCACUGAAGUCAAAUUGUCCAAACAAGACUGGUGACAAUAACAUCUCCCCCCUUGACGCCUCAACACCCUAUGUUUUUGACAAUUUCUACUACAAGAACUUGCUGAACAAGAAGGGCGUUCUGCAUUCUGACCAGCAAUUGUUCAAUGGAGGCUCAGCAGACUCCCAGACUACCACCUAUUCAUCAAACAUGGCAAAAUUCUUCACCGAUUUCAGUGCAGCGAUGGUGAAGAUGGGCAACAUUAGUCCGCUCACUGGAUCAAGUGGACAGAUAAGGAAAAACUGCAGGAAGGUAAACUAGGACUCACAUUAUUGCCGCUUGUGCUGGUGUGUGGUUUAUUACCUUGUAAUAAUCUUUGAAGGGACAAGUGCCCCUUUCACGAUACAGUAAUCUUCUCCAAAGAUGUAUUCACUGCUUUCAAAGCAUAUAUGCGCAAGCAAUAAAACGACAUGAAGGGUACUUUUAAGUCA